AUGGAAGCAGCAGAUGACCGUUCAGCCUCACUCCUGUACCUCCUCCCAUUCCUCCAGGGUGAACACGGCCAGAGGGUGGAGUGGCGAAAAUGGAAGCAGCAGAAGAAAGAGGAGAAGAAGAAGUGGAAGGAUCUUAAGCUGAUGAAGAAAUUGGAACGGGAGCGGGUGCAGGAGGAACAGACCAAGUGCCAGCAGGAGGAGGAGGAGGCAGCCGCACAGAGGGAGGACCGGGGACGGCCCUACACCCUGAGCGUGGCCUUGCCUGGCUCCAUUCUUGACAACGCCCAGUCGCCCGAGCUUCGCACCUACCUGGCCGGCCAGAUUGCCAGAGCCUGUACCAUCUUCUGUGUGGAUGAGAUUGUGGUGUUCGACGAAGAGGGCCAAGAUGCCAAGACCGUGGAGGGGGAAUUCAGGGGAGUCGGCAAGAAGGGGCAGGCGUGUGUGCAGCUGGCCCGGAUCCUGCAGUACCUGGAAUGCCCACAGUACCUAAGAAAGGCAUUCUUUCCCAAGCACCAGGAUCUACAGUUUGCAGGGCUCCUGAACCCCCUGGACAGCCCUCACCACAUGCGGCAGGACGAGGAGACGGAGUUCCGAGAGGGCGUCGUGGUGGACCGGCCCACCCGGCCCGGCCAGGGCUCCUUUGUGAACUGUGGCAUGAAGAAGGAGGUGAAGAUUGACAAGAACUUGGAACCUGGACUUCGGGUGACCGUGCAACUGAGCCAGAAGCAGCUCCCAGAAAGCAAGACCUACCGUGGGAAAGUCGUGUCAUCUCAGGACCCUCGCACCAAAGCCGGUCUCUACUGGGGCUACACAGUCCGGCUGGCCUCUUGCCUGAGUGCUGUGUUUGCUGAGGCUCCCUUCCCAGACGGGUAUGACCUGACUAUCGGGACAUCAGAGCGAGGCUCAGAUGUGGCCUCUGCCCAGCUGCCCGGCUUCAGGCACGCGCUCGUGGUGUUCGGGGGCCUCCAAGGACUGGAAGCCGGAGUGAGUGCUGACCCCAACCUGGAGGUCACGGAACCCAGUGUCCUCUUCGACCUCUACGUGAACACCUGCCCCAGCCAGGGCAGCCGCACCAUCCGCACAGAGGAGGCCAUCCUCAUCUCCCUGGCUGCCCUGCAGCGUGGCCUUGCCCAGGCAGGCGCCCGGCCCAGCUGAGGCUUCUGUCAGGCACAAGAGA